GUGCGACCUCCUGCGCCAGUUGCCUCGUCGAGUCCACAGUCCAGAUGCACUCAGCCCUCGGGUCAUCUAUUAUCUAUGUGCACAGCCGCCCCGACGACCUAUGGUCUACUGUGCCAUAUUCCGUACGGGCAGACGGGCAGACAGGGCACUCGACGGCCGGCUGUGCAGGGCCAUGCGGAAUGUCUGGCAGGACCCGUCCGCCCGUCUCCUCUCCUACCCUGGACGACAAGGGCGCCGCCAUUUCCGGUGCACAGGUCAUGCAACCUCUCCAAGAUGCAGCAUCUGCACUGACAUAUCAUCGAAUCCUUCAGUGUAACUUGAGAUGCUUUCAGGACGCCCAACUCGCUGAGCCGAGAACACACGCGCCAAUGGGCUGCCCACACAGAUGUGACCAUCCUGCAGCCUCGCUGAGCACAGUCAGAACGGGAAGCUCACCCCUGGAGCCGAGACCUUCAUUCCACAAGCUCCAGGCCUUGCUACAAGGGCGGCCUUCCAGCCAGCCAUCAACUACGCAGCUUGGGGGCCUUUUUGCUGCAGGUCGGUCGACACAGAUGCCCUUCAAGUGUGCCAGUGUCGUAUGGGCAUAACCCGGGGCCGCCCUACCUCGGAUUUGUGCAGGCCGGCCGUUGGAACUGCCCGCCCUUGCAGGGCCGCUCUUCUCACCAAAGAAAGGCACCGCCCCGCCCUGCCAUCCGUCAUAACUCCGAGCUUACAGCGCGUACAUUGGCCGUUUCCGUGCAGCGGUAUAUUCAGUGGCUCGUACGGGCAAGGUAUCAGCAGGGCGGAGCCCUGGGUUGCACAAUAUUGUCCCAAACAGGAUCUUGACACCUGCAGUUCUCCCAGGGUUGCAGUACUGACGCAGCCACCGAACCUGUUGGUCCGGGUGCGUCAACAGGCUUCCCUCGGCGCCUGUUGCCGCAUAUUCAACCGCACAACAGCCGUUUUUAUACACCCAUCAGCAGCACCCGUGGCGUGACGAGCAGCAGAGCAGUGCAACACACUUUAUUUCGUCCCGUGUCAUCUUUGCCAACUGUCGAUUCGCCAGCCUCCGCCGCUCUGCUUCACAAGGAGCAGCCCCACAAACCGAGUGAGCCCGCGGCUGCACCGCCGGCCAUCUCCUGAGCCUGCUGCGAAUUUGGACCCUGAACAUUCCAGAAUUCCUCCAUCCGCGGAUCUGCGGCGACCAGUCUCACUCGGAACCCUUCUACGUGAGAGCGUGCGUGCAUUAAUUUCAAUUCUCAACAAUACGGGCCCAAUUAUCACAAGGUCUCGCUGACGUCGUGGUAACCAAGCCACCAGUCUCUGAUAACCCUGAACUCAUGGUCAGUUCCCACAACCGGGGGCUGUGGGCUGUCCAGGGCGCGCACUGCCGACUAACACGCCCGCUAGCAUAUAUAACCAACCCCAAGUAUCCGCUGCAUCCCGCGGAACAAUGACUACGGGUCUUGGAAAUGAUAACAGGAUAUGUCGCCGACACGCUUCCAGGCACGGAUCAAAUCAAAAGGCCUGGAGCGAUGCUCAUACAGGAUGCUCCGUCCCCCCAUAUUCCUUUUUCAAACAUUCUUGAGCAUGGAGAUAUCGUCCUCCUGCUGACACCGGUCGUCCGCCCUGUCGAUCAAGGCUCUACCGAGGACCCUUUCGAGCCUCUGGGAAGAGGAUUGGCAAGGUACCACCCAUGGAUUCGACACGUCCCGUAUACAGCAGCGGCUGGCAUCACCAGCACCCAUGUCGCCUUCAUCAAGAGGGCCAAGAUCGUGGUGUUUGUCAUCACAGGACCCCCGGUCCCAGGGCAACCGUCGCAGGUGGCACUGUCUAGCAUUGCGCAGGCGGCCGGAGAUCGUCGUCCGCAUGUGGUCGUCGCCUGUUGCGAUGUACAGCAACUCGAAUCCGCCACGACAAUUUUCCCGACUAUCGUGCAGCUGCCCGGCUACUCGCGACACGACCUGGAUACUGGGGCAGACAUUCUGUACCAUGGACAGCCCAGGCACUCCGCCCCGCCGCCAGAAAUUCCAAGCGUGCAGCCCAAGGAUUUCACGCAGAGAUGGGUCGUUAAGCCUUUCAACGUGGCGACGGAUACGCAGGCGGUCUAUGAUCUUUGGUGCCAGAACAUGCCGAAACAAUUCGGCCUCGAUCGGUAUCGUCUCAUGAACCUGUUGCAGCGUGAUGGCUAUGCAAAGCAUUUGGUCGCACGUGGCUCGGAGACUGGGCCGGUUCUGGGGUUCUGCGCCACCUACAUUACCUAUUUGGAUAGCAAAGGAGAAGCCCUGGUAGGGUCAAUCGCUGCCAUCGUCGUUGAUUCUUCGCACCGCGGCCGGGGUAUCGGCCGGAUCCUACAUGACACGGGUGUCAAGGAAUUCUCGAGGACACGAGGCGUCAGCCGGCACCAGUUGGGAAGCACGUUCCCUCGGCUUCUGUACGGCCUGCCGGUCGAUGACCCCUCUGAGGUGUGGUUUAGACGGCGCGGGUGGAACAUGGAUUGCACCGCGCCUGGCACUGGGCAGGAAGUCGCGGACUGGGUGCUCACGUUCAAUGAGUGGCCAACUGGUGGGUUUCCACCCAUUGGUGUCACUUUUCGGCCCUGCGGAUUCAUGGACUUCGACAGGGUUCUAGAGAUCGUGGAGCAAGACUCGGAUCGAAAAGGCAACAUGGCCUGGUACGACCAGUAUGCGAAGCUUGCUGAAUCCAUGUCUAUGAGCGAUAUCAUGGUAGGCUUCCGUGGCGAUGAAAUUGUCGCGACGGCCAUAACAUAUGUUAUGCGUUCUGAGAACCCGUCGGCGGACGACAUACCUUGGGCUGGUACGAUUUCAGAGGACACAGGGGGUGUUACGUGCAUUUGUAUUACUGACAACGAUGCAUCGAGGAGCGACGCGAUCAUGGUCAGGCUCCUAGACGCGUGUGUUCAAGGGCUGCGGGAGAGGGGCAUGGGGAGGAUGUACAUUGACGCAGCAAAGACAAAGAACGCCGGCUUUCAGUCAAUAGGCUUCCAAAAGUGGGCCAGAUACAGGGACAUUUGGCGGGAUGUAUAAUUCGCAUUCACUUUGAAUCCGCUAGAUUGCGAAGUUGGGAAGUUAGGCAUCAUCUAAAACGACAUCAUAUCAGCCAGUCAUGGCAAGCACACAAGCUCAUUGAUUACGCAAACAGCCACGACAAGCUCCCAGCAUUUACCCAGGCACCUGUCUGACCGUAUCCCAAGAAUGCAAGCACUCGAAAAGCGUGAGAGGACGAACCUGCGUGCACUGCUUCGCGCUCGCAUAUUGCAGCCUGGAACCGGCGCCUAGGCUUUCUCGCACACCGCAGUUUCUGAUCUUGUGCCUAGAUGAUGGCGAUGCCGACGGUGAACCCACGGAAUGAUACCCACAUGAAGGACAACUCACACAUAGAUUGCAGCCUGACCACCCAAACGAGUCGCACAAGUGGUAUUCAGUCCGACCCAUCGUGGAGCUCUUGUGUGACGGUAACCCCAGGUCUCCCGGCGGAUAGGCGGGCGAACAGGUUCAAGCUGCACGACCAUGAGACCCAUAGUAAGGAUUCCAGACUGCAGGUGUUGGGCUCCCGCCCCCUAUCCCGCCGCCAAAGCAUGUUGAAUCCUUCGUAUGGCAGGAUGAGCUCUUUUCCUUUGCCUUGACUUUCCUUAUUCCUCUAGCAAUGUGUCACCUGUCCUACUCGCAUGCUGCCCGGGGUUCAAAGCCUACGCGACUCCUCAUCUGGUCUGCCCUCCCCCGGCUGGUCCAACCCCCAAUCAGGCCACGGGCCAUUCCGGCUUGAAGGAUCCGUCGUACAUCGGGGCCGAAUGCCGGGGUGUUGUUUUUCUGUACCAUACGGCUGGUAGCUGGAUUCAUAAACAAUGGUGUGCAAAAAGACCCGCCCCAAUUGGCUUAAUGUGUUGUUCUCAGCUCCCCCUGUCGUCGUCCCCUCCUCCGCCCUUUCCACCGUUCAAACUGCUGCCGCGAAGGCCCCUAGUGUGAGAGGAUUGGCGGUGCAUAUCCAUGCAUGCAUGGCGCUUUUGUGCCCGCGUGUGUCGCUUAUAUAAUGAGGCUGGCAACUUACACAUCACCGCGGGCCUCAGCGAGAUGCCUAAAAAUAAAAGCCAGCACACUCAAAGAGACACAAACGUACAUGCCAUAAAAUGGCUUCUCCGUCCGUUCCCAGCCGCUCACUGACUGCCGCCGCGUGGGGGUAUACUUUCACAAUCUCCCCAGCUAGUGCCUUGUCUCAGACCGUGUACCGCGCGCCGCAAAAGUGCCCCAGGCGCGUCAGGAGGGCCGGUGCCGUAUGUCCAUGGAAUAGACAAGAACCGUUAGUAAAUCCUGUGCGACAGGCGCCAAGGGGGGCCGUCCCACCCAGACGGCGCCCGAAGAAUCCUUCCCUUUUUGAGUCUGCAUUGUCCGGCGGUCGGCACUGCCAUGUGAGUGAGCAUGGUCACACGAUGGGGUGAACUAGUUUGGUUGACUACUUGACCCCCCCCCUCCCACCGAACUCGUGCAUGGUAAGGAAUGAGAUGGGUUUAUGGGGCAGGACGUCUAUACAGUAUACAGUCACGAGGAAUGGGAGGAGAAAAUAAAACAGAAAAGGAUUCCAAAGACGGCCAGCCCUCUGUCACCACUGUGCUACGUCACACGAUGCACCCGAUUUGCCAAGGGAUGGCCAUACCGCCUUCGCAGCCCUUAUGAUAGCAUGUGUUGCGUCGUACGGACCCCCGUCUCCCGCGCCUGUCGCGUCGAUGCUUUACUUUUUCCUUUGCCAUUUCCUUGUUCCUUUUGUUCCUGUCUGACCUCGCGUCCCCCGGAGGGGGGCUGUGUGACAAACGAUAGAUUGGGAACACCCAUAUCCACACGAAGGGGCGGGGAGGAUCCAGCCCAUACGACGAAGGAAUGGCGGUAUGCACCUGGGCAGGCGGUGGGAGACAGAUGUGAGGCCACGCGGGUAUGAG